CAGGCAUGUACCCUCUGCGCUCCAUCAACCAGCGGCUGGUGGAGAUCAUCGGAGCCUGUUACAGCCGCAACGGCAUCAUCAACGAGAAGGCCGCCGUCUACUCGCCGUACUCCUCCAAGUCUGAGGAGCUGUGCAGCAGCAGCAACCAGAACAACAUGGCAGAGAGAUAUAAAUGUGGGGCCGAGUUCCUGCCGUCGCCGCUCGCCAGCAAGGCCGACUUCGCCCUCACAUCGGAGCCCCCAUUGACCCGGAAAAGUCACAUGACCGCCGUGGCUGUGGCGGUGGAGAUGGGGCACGCCGUGGCGUUCCUGGGCACCGCCACCGGAGAGGUGCUGAAGGUUCACCUGUCGGAUCAUCCCGAGGUGUACGGGCGAGCGCCGGCCGACGUCACCGGAGACAAAGUCAACAAGAACCUGCUGCUGGACUCCGGGCUGCGACACCUGUACAUCACCACGGAGAAAAAGUCAGAGCCGCCCGGGAAAUUAUUCACACAGCUGCCUCCAAAACGCUCGCCACGAAAACAUCACGUCACCCAAACCGUCCCC